AUGCCUCUUCCUGGUUGGGCCUUGCUCGCGGUUCUCGAUCUCGCCGCCGCCGCCGCCGCCCAGCUGAGGGUGCAAUGCAGCUUUGUCGGCUUCGCGGACGCCUCCGAGUCGCAUCCCAUGGCGUACACGGCCAAGUGUUCUCGCAGCUCGGGGGAUCCCGUCGAGGUAUGCUCGCAGCUAAACCUGGAGCAUUGCCUGUCCAACCACGACGGGGAGCUGCGGCCUCCAACUGAUGGCAACAAGUCGCCAGGCUUCAAGGGGACGUGUGCCAGCUGCCACGUCGACGGCGAGGGGUGGAAGCUGUACUGCCAGUGCAAGCGGCUGAACCUGUCGAUCAACUACACGUCUGUCGAACUAGGUAAGGCUUACUGGGUGCAGACGAGUUUGAUUGUGAGAGCUGACAAGAUCCGGCCGGACACGACCUAUACAGAGAACAUCAUCGUCGUCCAAGAUGGCCUGUUGACCUGCUCGGGCACGGUUGGCGAGGAGCUGUCGGAAUGCCCCGUGACGCGCCUCGGGCGCCCGACGGACCGAGCCCGGUUUGAGGCGUGA